AAGUGUUUCGUCUUAAUUUCAAAAAUAAACACGCACGAGUGUGAGAAGGUUUUUCUUAAUUUGAAAAAUGUUUAGCAAAAUAUGUUUCCCUUUAGUAGUUUUGUUUUCAAUUAUAUUGCUAUUUUAUGGACCAUGUAAUGGAAACGAAAUUGAGCUCCCGAAACAGUUCGUAACAAGCAGUUCCCACACCAACAAUUGGGCGGUGCUGGUGGACACAUCCCGGUUUUGGUUCAAUUAUCGGCACAUUGCCAACGUGCUGUCGGUUUACCGAUCGGUCAAACGACUCGGCAUCCCGGACAGUCAGAUUCUGCUGAUGGUGGCCGAUGAUAUGGCUUGCAACCCGCGAAAUCCACGCCCGGCUACGGUUUUCAACAACGCCAAUCAGCACAUCAAUGUGUACGGUGCCGACGUCGAGGUAGAUUAUCGAGGCUACGAGGUGACCGUAGAGAAUUUUGUCCGAUUGCUAACCGGAAGGAAUGAGAAUGGAACGGCACGAUCCAAACGCUUGCUCUCCGAUGCCGGUAGCAAUGUGCUGAUCUAUUUGACCGGACACGGUGGAGAUGGAUUUCUGAAGUUCCAAGAUUCGGAAGAAAUCACGAACCAGGAACUGGCGGACGCUAUUGAACAAAUGUGGCAAAAGCAGCGAUACAAUGAGCUGUUCUUUAUGAUCGAUACCUGCCAGGCGGCGUCGAUGUACGAGAAGUUUUACUCCCCGAAUAUUCUGGCUGUGGCCAGUAGCCUCGUGGGAGAGGAUUCUCUUUCACAUCACGUCGAUCCGGCUAUCGGGGUGUAUAUCAUCGAUCGCUACACAUACUAUGCGCUGGAAUUUCUGGAAAAAGUGGAGGCCAACAGCAAAAAAACCAUGGGAGAAUUCCUUUCGGUUUGUCCCAAACGAGUUUGUAUCUCCACGGUUGGUGUCCGGAAGGAUUUGUAUCCCAAGGAUCCUCACAAAGUACCCAUAACAGACUUUUUUGGUUCGAUUCGUCCCACCGAGGUGACUUUGCGCAGUGUUAACGUUACUCUAACGAUCAUCCCGGAGGAAAGAUUCGAACGCAAGCCUAUUGGAAAACUUAACCCCAGUCUUUUUUACGAACAAUUCCCUAGCAAAUUGUUUGCCUAAAACAACACCAAAAUUGUGUGAUCUAGUCCAGUAUUCACCGAAAACGCAAACGCAAACUCAAGGUAAGCAAUUAGAUUUGUGGUAUUGACUGAACAAUUGAUUUUUAUUGUAAAAUAAAUUUACUGUCCACGGGAUGUGGAUGUCGCCGG